AUGAAGCUGUCGAAAUACAGCUUGCAGAAAAAGGUAGAUGAAAUGCUGGUGGUAAUCAACCCAGAGAAGCUGAGCAGGGGUCGUGGCGCUAAACUGAUUACGGGAGGCAAUCACUGCAAACAAGUGAUUUAUCUAGCUCUCAGGGAAACCUCUGCAGCCGCCAACAGGGACCCAGGGGGGCCAUUCCUCACCAGGCUCGCCAGCGCGGGCAUCGGACGCAGGCUCCUCCUCCUGACAGGGCAUCUGGCGCUGGGUUUGCCGGUGCGAGGUGCGCGGUAUGCAAGCCGCAUGCGCAGGAGCGCACGUAUAGUGCGCUUGCGCCCCUCAGCGUUCCAGCCCCCCUGUAUGAAGCUGCCUUUUGUGAUUGAUCUGACCUCCCGUCUACCGACCCUUUCGCCUGACCCCACGCCUGUGAACUUCGCUGCCUGCCUCGACCAGGACCCGGACUUGACUAUUCUUUUGGAUUGCCCUUUUGAUACCUCGCUCUUGGACUUGCUAUCGUCCCUGCCAAGGGAUUCCACUCCCGGCCCAGCCAUCCAGCCUGACAGGUGCAUAGAGCAAAAGUUGCAACUGCACAUAUUGGCAAAGGAAGACCACAUGAAACAGCUCGGUGAAUGUGAAAAAUGCUUUGAAAAUAUGACACAGCAAAUCCUUUUGGUAAAUGAGGUGCAUGAAGAGCUUGAGCAAAAUGUAAAGGCAGCAACUGAAAACAUACAAAAACUGAAAGCUGAAAUCAGACAGAAAAAUGAAGAGAUUGAUCACCUCAAAGAGGCGCUAAAAAAAUUGUCUUCUGACUUUAUGAACUAUAAAGUGACCUAUCAGGAAAGAGCAAGCAAGGAGAAGAUCGGUCUCCUUGAGAAAGAACAGCAGCUGAAAGAGCUGAAGGAAAGACUUCAAACGGAAAAAGAAAUAACAAAAAAGCUUCUGGAAGUAAAUCACACUCUGAAGGAAGAGAAGCAGAAAGCAAUAUUAGGAGUAUAUCUCAAACACAGAAGAGUGGGAUCCGUGUCCCUGAAUGAAUUUCAAGAAAUGUAUUUUAAGACCCUUGAGAGAGAUAAUGAGCUUCAAAGGGCAAAUGCAACAGAAAAUGAGGAAAAGUUCCUCGCUCUUCAAAGUGAGCACAAGAAGGCUUUGCAGAACUGGAAAGAGCAGGGCUCUCAGGUGGACUCCAUGGAAUUUCAGGUGGACUCUGCGGGCUCUCAGAUGGGCUAUGCAGACUUUCAGAAACAGAGAAUGAGCAUAGAGCAUGAGACUGUUGGGAAAAAAACACUAAAGGAAGCGUACAACCUAUCAUCAGAAUGCAGCAGUGAAACUUUAUAUGAUAAACCAGAAACAACAAAACAGGUUGAAGAGCAGCAGCAAGUGAAUAUUAUCAUGGCAUCUAUGGAAGAUGAUCAAGAACAUGUCUCAUGUGAAAACAGCAUGCAAACCAAUCCAUCGGAUAAUGCAAUAAACCUAAACCCAGAUGAUUCUAGCACUGAUAGGUUGGCGUCGUCUGUUGUCCUGUUGAUUGAAGAUGACGAGGAAUCCGAGGCGAUGGCGGUGUAUUCUUAUACUUGCUUUGCGUUGUUUGCAGCUCGAGAAGCUUCAGAUCUUCAGACAGGAUCGAGCGGCGGAGACUCAGAUAGGAGCAGUCUUCCAAAUGUUUAUAACAGAACAGAUAAGGCACAUUUCUGCAAAGAACAGAGAAGCGACAGCAACGUUAAAGAGAACAAAGCCAAGUUUGCAGACCUAAAAGAGUGCUGCCAUGGGGAAUCUACUGAGGAGAUCCCAGCUGACAGAGCCGACCUGCAGGAUCCUGAUGAAGAUGGAGAGAGUGCAGCUAAAUGCAGCCGCUCUCUGCAGACACAAGCAAUAAUGGAAUCUGUCAUGUUAGACCGAGACAAUAAUAAACCACUGACUGUCUACAGCCAAGAUGCAAACCAGCAGACAGACUGCAGCCAUCGUAAAUCUGGAGAUGGUACAAGUGAAGUAGUUUAUAUUGUAAUAGAUAAGACAGACACUACAGAGAACAAGCAAGGUGUCUUAAUAAAUGAGACACAUGCAAAGGAAUCCCAACUGUUUCCUGAGACUACAGAACAAUUAAUAAAUGGGCAGAUUGCAUAUAGAGGGGACCUUGCAUAUGGAGACAGCACAGGCUGCAUAACCUGGGAUGAAAAUAACUAUUCUUCUUCAGUGUUGGACUGUGGCACAUUAGAGUCAAGCAUGACUUCUUGCCUCAAUAAUGAAAAUAAACAGCCUACAGUGGAACCAAUGCAGGUGGUAAAAGCAAACAACACUAGGUUUUGUGCAGAUUCUGCUCUUUGUAUGCAAACAGAGAACGAUAACCAAGUACUUGUAGAAGGUGCUAGCAAAAACUGUGAGGACAUAAGAAGGCCCGGCUGUGUCACAACAGCAGAAAACAAGAGCAGGGUAGGCCAGGAGCAGCUUUCAUGCCCAUUUCCAAGCAUUGUUUUGGACAGCUGUGAGGUACCAGUAAAAAAUAUGCAUUUGCUGUCUGCUUCAGAUCAUAUGCAGGACUUCCGGGGUUCUCAGACAAACCUGGAGAAUGCAGAUGCCUCAAGUGUUAACAUAGAUGGGAGAGGAAUGUGUCCCCAAGUGAGAGAUGAAGAUGAAAAGCUUAGUGGAUCAAACACAAGUGAUAUACAUUUUAGAGGAUUGCUUGCUGAUGAACAUAGUGUCAAUAUUUAUCAGAUAACAGAGGAGAGCGCUGAACCAAUGAGUGUGGAAAAAGAAAAUAUUAUUGAGGGAAAUAACGUGCCUGGUAAUUUCACACUUGAAGAAAGUAGCGGACAAACUGUACCUGAGCUUUCCAAGAAAGAUGUUGGUUCUUCCACAGAAACGGCCAACACAAACUUACAAAGAGAAAGGAUAACCAACAUGUUUGACAGCUCAGAAAAACUACUUGGUUUAUCCAGAACCAACUCCUGGAAUAGUCAAUCUUCAAGUAAAUCCUUCAGCAAGUUAAGUAACUGUACACUGCCAUAUUCAUUGAGCCGAGAUAUGUACACCAAAGGUACAUCAAUUAAGAGGCUGGCAUUUGACAACUUGUCUAUGAAUGUCCAUCCAGUUCCCAGGAAGGAUCACAGUGCAGAAUGGAAUGCAAUAGUUCAGACGUUUCACAAUUCCCCUUUUCCCACAGAAGACUUUAACGUGAUCGAAAGCCAAACCUGCCGCUCCAACAACUCGUCUGCAACCCUUUGUACAGGCCUAAACAUAAGUCAAGGCAAGGUGGAGAACGGCUCACGCUCCACCAUACAGCAUCAGAUAACUGCUAUUGAGAAGUUUUUACAAUACCGUAAACUGCAUAGAUCAAAGAAGAGAAAACUGGAAGAUUGUGAAGAAACCAAUGAGGGUAAAGAAAAUACCACUUCUGAAGGUGUGGCCCCAGAUGUAGCAAUAGAAAAUGGAGGCAACAUAUAA